AUGCAUGGUGAUGUUAAUAAAGCGCUAAUGAUUUCUCAUAUUUGGAGCAUUCUGGUUAAACGUGACUCACUUUGGGUGGAUUGGGUCCACUCGUAUAGGCUAAAAGGGCAUAGCUUCUGGACGUGCAAGGCAGUAGCGACCACUUGUUGUAGUUGGAGGAAGUUAUUACAGCUUAGGCCUCUAAUCAGGAAUUUUAUUUGGUCUAAGUUGGGUAAUGGAAGCAAUACUUCGGCUUGGUUUGACUGGUGGAGCCAUUUAGAUCCGCUCGGUAAUUUUUUGACUCCAAGAACCAUCUCAAAUGCCGGUUUUUCUAUUAAAUCUACAGUUCAGGAAAUUUGUGAUAACGGAUCUUGGAGGUGGCCUGAGGCGUGGAGGGAUUCUUAUCCUGUCUUAAUCCAGCUUGAUAAUCUUCAGCUGGAAUCUAGCCGAUCUGAUAAGCUCUUGUGGAACGAUGGCAAUGAUUUAGCUGACUACUCUUCAUCUCGGGCAUGGCAUUCUAUUAGAGAGCGUGCUGAGGAAGUAGAUUGGACAAAGCUAGUAUGGUUCACUCAAUGGGGUAUGAAUACUGUCUCGCCAGAAUGGGAUCCUAUUGUAAGCUGGUUAGCGGCUCGUGCUUCUUCAAAAUCAGUUAAUAACUUCAUCAGUCGGCUCAUAGUUGCAGCUUCGAUCUACUUUGUCUGGCAGGAACGAAAUGCCAGAAUAUUCAAGAACCAGACGAGACCCCCAGACGUCCUGAGUGACAUAAUCGUGCAGACAGUUCGAUAUAAGCUAAUGGGAGUUAAGUUUAAGGAGAGCUCUAAUGUUCGAAGAUUGCUGGAAUCUUGGGGGAUAUAUUCAACACGGAUGGAAGAUGAUGGAGGCUGA